AUGGACCCACCACGUUCCAAUGCCGCUACUCCAAUGCAGGUUGACAGACCUUAUUAUCAGAAGGAAACUUUAAGUUUACCAGACGCGAAACUUUUUUUAGACCUGUCUUCUAGAUAUGGGCAUCCAGCAGUUAAAUACGAUGUGAUCACUGAAGAUGGAUAUAUUCUUAACCUGUUUCAUUUGCCUGGUAAGAGAAAGCCCCCGGUUUUGCUCACGCAUGGCUUAUUUUGUAAUGGUGACUCUUGGAUACUCAGAGGCAACACUUCUUUGCCUAUAAUCUUGGCGAAUGCUGGUCAUGACGUCUGGAUAGGCAACUGUCGGGGAAACGUGUAUUCCAAGAGACAUAUCCACCUGGAUCCGAAUUCUAGAAGAUUCUGGAACUUUAGCUUUCAUGAACAAGCUAUCUAUGAUUUGAGUGUUAUGAUUGAUACGGUUUUGGAGAAAACUGGAACGAAGAAAAUCAACGCAAUUGGACACUCCCUAGGUAAUACAAUAUUCUAUGUGCUGGGUUCCACUAAGACGGAAUACAAUGGAAAAGUGAACUUGCUAAUAGCUUUGUCCCCUAUAAGUUAUUUAAAUAACGUUCCACGACCUGCAAAAUUAUUUUUUGAGUUGGCACCAUUUAUUGGAGGAAUCAUGCAAGAUAGAAACGUAACAGAGUUAUUUGGACCUAAUGGUAUAAUAAAGCGUUUGAUAGAGAGCAUCUGCUUUAUACCGACUCUAGGCUACAAGGUAUGUGUAGAGAACUUACUUUUUAAUCUCGUUGGGUUUGAUGAAAAUGAACUGGGAUCGGAUUUCUCAUCAAUAUUGUUCUCUCAUUUUCCUUCAAGUGUUUCUUUAAAGAAUCUAUUGCAUCUUGCUCAAGUUUAUAAUAUAAAAAGAUUCGCUCGAUAUGACUAUGGAUUGAAAAAUAUAUUUAUUUAUAACACUUCCUUUCCUCCAAGAUAUGAUUUGGAUAAUGUAAAAAUGCCAGUGGCCUUAAUAGCGGCUAAAAAUGACAGACUAUGUGCAUUGAAAGAUGUGGAGAUAUUGAGGAGCAUGUUGGCGAAUGUUGUGAGUUAUCUGGUGAUUCCAUGGGGCAAGUUCAAUCAUGUGGACUACAUUUGGGGUGAGAGCGCUCAUAUGUAUCUGUACCCGUAUAUUUUAAGCUUAUUAGACAAAUAUUCUCGAUAG